AUGAGCGCCAAUUUCCAGAAGCUUCAGGCGCUCCACCGUGCCCGCCAGGAUAAGGUGAACUCCAGGAUGGUGGCUGUGGACAAGGCAGAACCAGAUUUUCAGGAGCGCAUCGCUCAGACGCAAGUCUGGUUCGGCGAGGCCCGGCAAGAACUGAGGGUUGCCCAAGAUCAGUUGGAUGAGCGCAAGCGAGAGCACCUCCUGAAGCAGGCCGACAUCGAGAGGGCCCAAGAGGCGGCGAAGGAACAGGCUGCCAAGGACGAAGCCAACCGGCGGCAGCAGCAAGCUUUGCUGGACACCCAGGAGGAAGAACUCGUUGCUCGUGAACAAGCGCUUGCUGCCACACUCCACGGCAAGGACGAGGAAAUCGAGAAGCUUGUCGCGCAGCGGACCCAAGAGCUGGAGCGGAAGCACAAGGAUGCACUUGAUGCUCUGGCCCUGGACCAAGCAGGCAUGGUGGAGAAGCUGGAGCUGGAGCGGGAGGAGCUGGAGAAGGAGAUCUCAAAGCUGACGGAGGACAUGGACACGGCUAACCGCACUCUGGUGGAUUUGCAGGUCGCCGUCUCCGACAAGACCAAACUGCUCUCCGAGGCCAGCGACUCCAUCGAUGAUCUGAAGCUGAAACUAGACACCUUGGAAGGGACGCUUUCGGAGGUCAGGGCCCGUGAGGAGACCCUGAACAAGGCCCCUGAGGGGGAGAGGCUGCUGCGGCAGGAUGCCGCCGCCGCCCACAAGGACUAUGUGGACAGCAUAAAUCUCUGGACCGGCCGCCUCAUUGACGUUGCAGAGAGGCUCACCAUACAGCUAGCCCUCAUGGACAUGCCGAACUUCAGGUACUCCCAGGAGGCGAACAUAAGCCCCAGUGACAGCCUGACCUUGUUCUUCGAGUGCGUCCUCGACGCCCCGGAACAGCUCCGCUCUAGUCAAGAGACUUAUCUGGCCAAUGAGGCUCGGAAGCUUUGCCGGGGCGCCCUGACCAAGGUACUCACCAAGGUGGCAUUCUGGUACCCCAGCGUCGACUUCGCCAAUGCGCUUGAGAGUUUGCCGGAGGAUGCAGACCUCGAGGCACUCGAAGAGCGUAUCGAGCCCAUCAUCAGCUGCGUUGACGGAGUCAAGAGGUUGGAAGGCCAGUGCCAGGACUAG